CCAAAUCCUAAAAUUCGGCUCACAUCUUUGACACUCGUCAGCUCCAGGGGACCCAAAAUGCAUCUUUCAGAUCUUAAGGCAAAAUAGCAAAACGUCUUAAGCUGCAAAGGAAAAGCCUGCAUGAAAUUCCACAAUCGGAGACUUGGCUCCCAGUGAAUUGGCUGAAACCUAUUUCUGCUCAUGCUGAUUCCUCUGGCUGGAAAAUUCCUAGACUGCUAUUUAUAUGAUUGAAAAUCCAAGCCAUGUGAAAAUAACGUCAAAUGGGAGCGGGGCACUCUGAAUUUAACUCAGAUCCUCAGUGUUUGGGCCCCGGUUCCACGGCGCGAAAUCCCACCAGUAGGAGGCAUCAUCUGAACACGGUUGGGAAAGACUCAUUCCUAGGGCAUGACAUUGUUUCCUUAUCUGGCUGGAGUCAGUCUGGAGAACAGUCUGGACUGUUGUUUGUAGUGAGAAGGAGCUCCACCCUCGGCCACUGCCCCGGCUGCUCUGCCCAUAAGUAAGGCCGAGCGGGUUCCCCUUGCCGGGCCCUUCAGCAUGGAUGCUUUUCAGGGGAUUUUAAAAUUCUUCCUCAACCAGAAGACUGUUAUCGGCUACAGCUUUAUGGCUCUGCUGACCGUGGGCAGUGAGCGUCUCUUUUCCCUUGUGGCCUUUAAGUGUCCCUGCAGCAAGGAGAACGUGGUCUAUGGGCUGGUGUUCCUGGUCGCCCCUGCCUGGGUGUUGCUGAUCCUGGGAUUUUUCCUGAACAGCAGGUCGUGGAGGCUCUUCACAGGCUGCUGUGUGAACCCCAGGAAAAUCUUCCCCAAAGGCCACAGUUGCCGCUUCUUCCAUGUCCUGGGCCAGAUCACGCUGAGUUCCCUGGUGGCUCCGAUGAUGUGGCUCUCCGUGGCUCUGCUCAAUGGGACUUUUUAUGAAUGUGCCAUGAGCGGGACCAAAAGCUCGAAACUCCUGGGCCUGAUCUGCAAGGACAAGCCCCGGGAGUGCUGGGAUGAGCUGCACAAAGUCUCUUGUGGCAAAACCAGCCUGACAGCCGCGGACAGCGAAGAACUGAAGCUGUCCCUGCAAGCCCAGUCCCAGAUUCUAGGAUGGUGCCUGAUUUGUUCAGCAUCUUUCUUCUCUCUGCUCGCCACUUGUUACGCUCGCUGCCGAUCUAAAGUUAGCUACCUUCAGCUGAGUUUUUGGAAGACGUAUGCACAAAAGGAGAAGGAGCAGUUGGAAAAUACAUUCCUGGAGUAUGCCAACAAGCUGAGCGAGAGAAACCUGAAAUGCUUUUUUGAAAACAAGAGGCCAGAUGUCUUCCCUAUGCCCUCCUUUGCGGCCUGGGAGGCUGCUUCAGAGCUGCAUUCUUUCCGGCAGAGCCGGCAACAUUACAGUACCCUACACAGGGUGGUGGACGAUGGCCUGGAACUUAGCCCUGAGGACGAUGAGACCACAAUGGUGCUUGUGGGUACUGCCCACAGUGUGUAGUCCACUACUGCAGAAUCACAGGGAUCGGGAUACACUCAUUCUGACAUUUUGGGCUGCAUCCAUAGCAACCCGGUGUAUUUCUGUGUUUUCUCACAUUUAGUGUUUCCUUGAAGACAAGAGCCCAAAGGGAAGCAGCUUUGAAGCUCCCAGGGCAGGCAGUGUCAAGAUAUACUCAAACUGAUGCCUAGGGACUAGUCAAGGGUUGGGGUUGGGGUUCAGUGGCUUCAAGUUCUAAGAUUUUUAUGGUUUGACAGGAAGACUCAUACAAGAAGUCUGGCCACUCUUUGUGAACAUUGGUCAUGGCAUCUGGGGACAGAAGUGGUGACUUGUGAGUAAGCAAGAAACUCUUGCCAGACUGCUGGAGACAGUGGGAUCUGUGAUUUCGUCGGAGGAAAUCCUUGUCCUGCAAGUCUAUUCUACUACCUUUCAAGGAUGUAUGAAAUCCUACCAUUUGGAAUUCAUUUCCUUGGAAGCUGAAGACAGCAGUUCUCAUGAAUAACACAGUCAAAGGAUAUGAUGCCUAAAAUUUAGAGCUUUUUCACAUGUUUCCACUGUGCGCUGAAAAUGUCCCUAUAGUCAGGGCUGUCUUAUGACUUUUGGGGGCCAGAGGCACUGCUGCCUGCAUGGACCCCUUUCUACAUUAAAAAAGACACAUACACACACAUUUAUGACUGUAAUAAUAUAAAGAUGAAUACACUGAUAUUAUGUAUUAAAGCAUUUUUUUGCAACCCAAAA